AUUUAAGCUUCGACUUUGGCCGGUUCGAUUUUGCGUUUUCCAUAUAUAUGAUAUAUAUGGAGUAAGUACGCCGAUUAACAGCUCACCAGCCGGAACCAAUAGACUGCGAUUCAGGAGGCAAUAUCAGGAAAGGCGGGAGAAUCUGAUAACGAAUCUUUGGAACGAUCUCUGGUGAAAUGUCUGCCGAUCGACUGGAUGUGAUUAUCUUUGGCGCCAGUGGCUUCACUGGCAAGUACACGGUUUUCGAGGCAGUCACCGUACUUGGCGGUCUGCGAUGGGGCAUCGCGGGCAGGAACCGUGAAAAACUGGAGGGCGUCCUGAAGGAGAUGGGCACAAAGGCCAAAAAGGACUUGUCGCAGGUGCCCAUCUUUAUAGCGGACACCAGCGACGAGGCUUCCCUGUUGGAAAUGGCCAGGAAGUGCAGGAUUGUGGUGAACACAGCGGGGCCAUAUCGAUUCCACGGCGAGAAGGUGGUAAAGGCCUGCAUCGAAUCGGGCACCCAUCAUGUGGACGUCAGCGGGGAGCCGCAGUACAUGGAGACCAUGCAGCUGAAGUACGACCAGCGGGCCAAGGAAAAGGGAGUGUAUGUGGUCAGUGCCUGUGGUUUCGACUCCAUUCCCGCCGACAUGGGCGUCGUCUUUGUCGAGAAGAACUUCGAUGGCGUUGUGAACUCCGUGGAGACGUUCCUGGAAAGUGGAAUGAAGGAGGACGCAACUGGAAGUGGGAGCGAAGGCAGUGCUGGCUUGAAUUACGGCACAUGGGAGAGCGCCGUCUAUGGACUGGCCCAUUCGGAUGAGCUGCGCGGCAUUCGGCAGCAGCUCUUCCCCCUCAGGUUGCCCAAGUUCUAUCCGGUGUUGAGGCCACGACCACUCAUCUUCCGCUCCACCGAGGUGGACAAGGUGUGCCUACCCUUCCCCGGCUCCGAUCGCUCGGUGGUGAUGCGAUCCCAGCGCUUUCUCUACGACCAGGACAAGAAGAGACCCGUGCAGAUGCAGGCCUACGUGGGAUUCCCCUCUUGGCUGGCCGCAGGCGCUGUGAUCCUUUUUGCCAGCAUCUUUGGACUGCUCUCGAAGUUCAAGAUUGGCCGUACGCUGCUGCUGAAGUACCCAGGUCUGUUCUCCGGUGGCCUGGCCUCGCGUUCCGGACCAAGUGAGCAGUCAAUGGAGCGUACCUACUUCAGGAUGACUUUCAAAGCCACUGGAUGGCCCAAGGGCGAUCGCCUGGCCGAGGGAUCAGACCAAUAUACGGAUCCUCCGACCAAGUCGCUAAUGGUACGUGUUUCGGGUAUGAAUCCUGGAUAUGGAGCAACCUGCGUGGCCCUGCUCUCUACGGCAAUCACCAUCCUGCGCGAAUCCGAAAAGAUGCCCAACAAUGGCGGAGUUUUGGCUCCAGCUGCCGCUUUUUCCAGAACCAGCCUCAUAAGCGAAUUGGAGAAACACGAUCAUGGCAUGAAGUUCGAGAUUCUGGCCAACAAGUGAAGUUCAACUAGUAUCCCAGUACAACGGCUCUCUUCUAACCGCUAGGCUAAGCUGGGUUUAUUGCACGGUUUUAACUGUAAUUACAUAAGCACUUAUUAAAUGUACUAACACAAUC